AUGUCGGGGGGAGAGAGACAGAUGCAUGGCCUCACGGGCAGGCCCUUAGUAUACUUUACUAGCAUAUUUGUAUCUUUGGGCGUGUUCCUGUUUGGCUAUGAUCAAGGUGUGAUGUCCGGUAUCAUCACCGGUCCUUAUUUCAAAGAUUACUUCAAUCAACCCACACGAGCCGAAGUGGGUACUAUGGUUGCGAUUCUCGAAAUCGGAGCACUGUGUUCAUCCCUGGUCGUUGGUAGGGUGGGUGAUAUUAUUGGCAGAAAGAGGACAAUUCUCUAUGGCUCCUGCAUCUUCUUCGUCGGAGGAGCAUGCCAGACCUUUGCUAGUGGUCUGCCGAUGAUGCUUAUCGGACGGAUCACAGCAGGUGUUGGGGUUGGCAUGCUAUCCACCAUCGUACCGGUCUAUCAGUCCGAGAUCUCCCCUCCACACAAUCGCGGCAAGCUGGCCUGCAUCGAAUUUUCGGGGAACAUCAUAGGCUAUGCAACAUCGGUCUGGGUAGAUUACUUUUGCAGCUUCAUCGACAGUGGACUCUCUUGGCGACUCCCCCUAUUAAUGCAAUGCGUGAUAGGUGCGCUCCUUGGACUAGGGAGUCUGAUCAUCGUAGAAUCACCGAGAUGGCUUUUGGACAAUGAUCACGAUGAAGAAGGAAUUGUGGUGAUUGCUAACCUUUACGGGGGCGGCGACAUCCACAACCAAAAAGCACGUGAGGAGUACCGCGAAAUCAAGAUGGACGUUCUCCUUUCCCGCCAAGAAGGAGAGAAGUCGUAUCAUGAUAUGUUCCGCCGCUACCAUACUCGUGUCUUUAUCGCCAUGUCCGCACAAGCUUUUGCCCAGCUCAAUGGGAUCAAUGUCAUAUCGUACUACGCACCGUACGUCUUCGAGUCGGCCGGCUGGGUUGGCCGACAAGCCAUCCUCAUGACCGGGAUCAAUGGUAUCACUUAUCUUUUGUCUACGGUGCCUCCCUGGUACCUUGUUGAUCGAUGGGGCCGGCGGUUCAUUCUUCUGAGCGGUGCAAUCGCCAUGGUUCUGUCGCUAUCCGCCAUAUCUUAUUUCCUUUACCUUGACAUACAUUCUACACCUACACUCGUGGUUGCCUUUGUUAUGAUAUACAAUGCCUCUUUCGGGUAUAGUUGGGGCCCGAUUCCCUGGUUAUACCCACCGGAAAUCUUACCCCUUAGCAUUCGAUCUAAGGGUGCCAGCUUGUCUACUGCCACGAAUUGGGCGUUCAACUGGCUCGUUGGAGAGAUAACCCCAGUCCUGCAAGAGCUAAUCACGUGGCGCUUGUAUUUCAUGCAUGCAUUCUUCUGUGCUACGAGUUUCAUUGUUGUGUAUUUCAUCUACCCCGAGACGGCUGGUGUAAGGUUGGAGGAUAUGGAUUCAUUGUUCGGUGACGCUACGUCUACGAUGCCCACGCCAACAGCGAGGGCCGAGACUGGAUCAUUGCUGGGUACGAGUUCACCUGUCCCUUCAGUGGAUCUUAGACGGGGCGCUAUGGGUGCGAGUCCCGCUCCUGGCCGCGGCAUCGGCCCAUCCAGCGCCAUUCCCGGUCUUGACAUUGAUCCUCCACAUGUUGCUAUUGUAGGCGGGAAACCUCAAUUUACUUCGGACGAGAGGGCGGAGGGUUCUGGUGGUUGGAUCUCACGCAUGGUGGCCAGGAAAAAGAAGGGGAGUGGAGAGGGUGCAAGUAGCAAGAACGGACGAUACACUCCCCUGGGUCAGGAGGAAUAA